AUGCUGAAAGAAAACACUCCGCAAACUCAGUGGACGCACUUUGCCAAUGUCACCGCACGUAAUGUCGCCCAUAAAGCAUCAUUCUGGCAGAGUGGCUCCGUGCGGGCCCUUCGCCUUGAACAGACGACCACCAACGUCAAAUCUGCCAGCCCGAGCCUUGAAAAGAGAGUUACAACGGACGAUGUCUACCUGAUGACAGGCUUCGCAAAGGAGAAUAACCUUAUUGCUAGCAUCUACUGGGUCGAAGAUGAUCAAACCUCCUGGGAUGAUUGGGUUGCUGAUGUCUAUGGGGACUAUAUCAUGAACAUGAACUCUGAGCUGAGCUGUCUCGAUGUCAAUGAUGCUGGCGGACCGGUUUUCCAGAGUGCAUGGGUGGUUUCUGACAAUGAUCUGAUCUAUGAAGUGGAGCAAGAUGAUAUUGUGAAUGUUCUGAGUUCAUGCUAUAACAUGGAUCCAGUAUCUUAG